AUGGUUCUUCUUUUCGAUAUAUUUUCAUCAAUAUUCGUUCUAAUAUUUCUAACGACUGGAUUUGCCGAUGAAUUCAGUGAAACUGAUUCCGAUCCAAGUUUUUUGAAGAAUAUUUCCUAUGAUUCUAUCAUGGAAUAUUAUAAAAUAAUGGACGACUCUUUCAAUCUUACAAGAAACCAACUAGCCGCAAAACUUCAAGUGUGGGCUACGAAGUUAGCACCUGAAGUUAAGGCAGAAUUCGAAAAAGCCGUCGCUGAAGAGAACGCAUUUUUAGAGAAAAGAUAUAUAGUCUUAAGAGAGAGAAUCGAAAAGUCCAAUGCAAGUAAAGCAGCUAAAGAAGAAUUAUUUGAUAUACUUGGCUUACAAAUGGAUCGAAAUAGAACAAUGGAGGAUAUUGAACAAGCUAUAAUCGAUAGGGGCAAUAUGGAUCUGCCAGAAGUAGCAGCUGAAGCAUCGAAACUUUGGAACGAAAUUCGUCCUCAUGAAAUCGAUUACCAUUCUGAAUAUGAGGCAAAUGAUGAUUAUCUAAGCACUAUAAAUCAGUCAUAUCAACGAUACUUACAAAGUUAUUAUCAGAACUUGGAUAGAAUUCAUCAAAUUCACCCGAAUUUAUCAAUAACGAGGCCUCAAGCAACUUACAAUAGAAGUUUGCAAUUGCCAUUUGUUAAAAGAAUUGAAAAUCACCGCAUUAUAUUACAAAGUUACGAAUAUCUUUGCACGAUUCCUCGUGAUGUUUGUAAUAUAAUUUUUUCUUGCCCACCAUGUACAACAAUUAAAGAGUCUUCAACCAAAAAUAUAUUAGCAAUUAUGUCACCGUUAAGAAAGCAUUUAUUACAAAAGAAGCAAAAAUCUGAUGAAAAUUUCUUAUUAGAUUUCAGAAUUCAAGAAAAUCUUGAAAAGAUUGGAGAAUGGAUGAAUAAUAAACGAACUAAUAGGACAGCAAUGAAGCGAACAAUCAGUUUAAAUUAUCAUUCGCCAUUUUACCUGAAAUAUCUUGAAAAAAGACAAAAUUUAUCUGAUAAAUUAUUUGAAAGUGAGAUAAUCCGCAGAUUCAAAAGGCAAUCUUAUCUCCAUUAUCCAAUAUUAAAACAAGAUCAAUGUUUAUGUGAAAAUGAACAAGCAAUUAACAAAAUCAAACUUAAAAGACUGAUCGUCAUGAAGAACAAUGGUUCGAACAACAGUCUUCACUGUACAAAAAAUGGCUGUAACAGGGAACCGACGAUUCAAAACUUCAUUACGCCUUUGAAUUCCGGAAAUAUUAAAGAAAUUUCGAUAGAAAAUGAAAGUGCCCAUCAAACUGGCAUCGACUUAGCAUUAUUGUCGAUUAUCACUGAUCAGUGGGAUAACAAAAUUUUGAUGUAUCCAAUCCCAUUUAAACCAUUUGCUGACGAGUAUCAGGAGAUUUUUUCAAAAUGGUUUCAGUUAUCCAAUCGAUCAAAUAAAAUUCCAAUAAAGGAACAAUUUAAUGAUGAUGAACAAACUAAAAUAAAUGAUUUAAUGCUACUUGUGAAAAAGCCAAAAUGCACUGAAAAUAAAAUAUUUUGUACGAAAGAUUCAGCGUCAAUGAGUUUUCCAAAAACCUAUUAUCCCAGAAAUUAUGCAAAAAAUUUCGUUGAUGAUCUUCUAUCAAUGAAUUUAUCAGAACAUGCUUUAUCCAAAUCAAAUAAACAACAAAAAGAAAACAGUGAAGAAAAUUCUGCAAUAAUAAAUAUGGAAAUUGAGGAUUUCGACCGAGAUUUUCAAUUGUCCGGUGAUCUAUUAAAGGAUUCAGCUAAAUUAUUAGCACCAUAUAUGGCAAAAAAAUGUUUUCUUUGUAAUCUGGAUAUAGUUGUAUUUGUUGAUGACAAUAGUGAUAUGCCAUAUUCAAAUGGUAGAGUUUUUAUUUUUCAACAUUUGGACGAUCCAAUAGAUAAUGCAUUGAAAUUAGUUGAUUUGAGAUAUUCUGGAUGCAGCAUCUAUGCAAACAUGGAUUGUUUCAAAGCAAUCGCCAAUAGCAUUAUUUUGGCAAUAAAUUCUCAAUUUGACGAAACUUCGAAUAGAAAACGAAUUUUCUUAAUCGCAACGAAUCGUAAUAAAUUCAUUUUGAAUACUUCAUACGACGAUAUGAAAGAAGCACUCGAUUACGCAAAAAAUAAUCAAAUUGAAAUUUCUAUAAUUGUUGGUGAAAAAUUUGGUAACUAUCUUCUAAUUAUUUUGAAGUGA